AUGAAUAUUGUCUGUAUUCAUAAUGUCACUGUAUUCACACAGAGAGAAAGAGAUUCCUGUCUCAAAAUUCUGUUUGGAACCAACAGGCCGAUCAUCCCACGCCAGAAGCUUGCAUUCACAAUUGGCAAGUUUAAAGUAGAGGACAAAGCAAUUCUUCAAUCAUGCAGCUACCGACACCUACCUGUAAGUCGGCGUGAAAGGGAAAUGAAACGAUAUCGAGUGUUAACUUGGACGGGAGUUUACGUGUUGUUUCAGAACAUGAUGGAGUGCCUGAAAAAGAGCUGCUACAAGACAGUCAGAGUUCCGUGAAAACAACCUGGUUGUAUAAUGAAGGGAUAACCUGCAUUUUUUUAUUCCAUAAAACAAUUGAAUUUCUGUAUGUAUUUGUUGUUA